CUACCUUGAACUGCAAGAAGCACCCGAAAGGCCAACAAAUACAGAAGUAUCUUUCCCACUCUCCUCCUCCUCCUCCUCCUCCUUCUUCUCGGAAACCCUAUACCUGUAAAUCCGAUGACUAAAGUACACCCCAACGCCGCCGCGAAGCAGAAGGCCUCGCCACCGCUGGCUCAGAGUGAGAACUCAGUUGCCGUCUUGACCGUCUGGAAGAAAUCGCUGCUUCUAAACUGCGAUGGCUACACGGUGUUCGACGCCAAGGGGAAUCUCGUCUUCCGCGUCGACAAUUACGCCGCCGCGUCCAAGGCCAAGAACACUCACGAGAUCAUUCUCAUGGACGCGGCCGGCAACUCUCUCGUCACCAUCCGCCGUAAGAGGCUGAGCGUUUCGGACAACUGGCUGGUGUACGACGGAGAAACGGCCGUCAAUCCAAUACUGUCGGCGAGGAAGCACAUGAGCCUGCUGAACACGAAGUCGCUGGCUCACGUGAGCUCAUGCUGCGGCGGUGGCGGAAAGGGAUCGUCGUCGUCGUCGUCGCCCUCUAGCAAGAAGGCGAUGUACGAGAUCAAGGGAUCGUACGCGGAACGACGGUGCACCUUGUACGACGGCGACAUGAAGGCGGUGGCGGAGAUAAUGCCAAAGGAAGCAGUGGGAGGGCUGGCUUUCCGCGGCGAUGUCUUCCGCCUCGUCGUGCAGCCGGAGAUCGAUUCCGCCGUGGCCAUGGCCAUCGUUAUUCUCCUCGAUCAGAUGUUUGGAUCUUCUAAGUACCUUUAAAGAGAAGCAAAAGUGCAAUAGCCUUAGUCCAGUUCUUAUCCAAUCUUUCCAUCACCGAUUGACCUUUAUAGUUGCACCGAUUGACCUUUAUAGUUGCAGACCCCAACGCCGUCGCCGUCGCCGCCGCCGAGAAUUUUUUGUUGGGUGGUGGUUUCAGUUCUACAUAAAUUCUCCGGCGAUAUAUAUAUCCACCCAACACACAGCACACGCACUUUCCCUUUUCUUUUCUUCUUUUCUAAUUUUCCUUUUUGGAUGGAAAGGUUUGUAAAGGUGAGUCGGGUUUGGUUUCCUCAGAAGACCGAACUCGGAUCUGAUCGGGAUCAGUACAUAUCCGUAGUGUAAUUUUGAAAAAAAAAAGGGGGGGGAAAGAAAGAGAAAAAAUAAUAAAAAGGACAUUUGUAGAGAUAAUUUUGUAAUUUCAUUUCUAGCUGCUGCUGAUUCGUCCUAUGAAUGAAUUUAGACUAAAUUUUAUGGUU